CCAGUGAAACGACCGUUGUGAGACCGUCAGGGAAACAUUCCACAUCCAGGCUACUCACCGCGUCUCCGGUGCUACCUGCGCUUGCGAGCCUCUCCGUAUUUCUAGGCUUGGACGAGGUGGAUUCUUGGUCAACGGCAAUCGGAAGUCGGACGCACCCCACCAUCGAGCAGACCGUUUGUCAUGAAGUUUGCUAGCCUUCGCACGUUCGCCAUCGCGGGGUUCGCGACCCUUCAAACCGUCUCCGCUGUACAAUGGAUUCAGUACACCGACGCGAAUUGCAUCGGGAGCCUCAUCGAUGUUGGGUCCAACACAGGCGGCGACGCCACAUGCAUCCAGCAAACCGGCGACUCGAUCUAUUUCGAGGCGAGCCGCGGCGGUGUCGAGUGUACGAUGAACGUAUACAACGACCUGGCCUGCUCGCAGUUUGCCUACACCAUCGGUGAUGGUUGCCAGGACUUUGGAGGGUUCAGAAAGUCCGUCUUGGUCACUUGCUAAGGGUCAUGCAUGUAUGAUUUGGCGAAUAACGCCUUCUGAAGGACGCCGGGGAUACCUACGACGCAACACCAUGUCAACUGGCAUAAUCAAGAUUUCCACCACGUAUCAGAGUUAUAA